GUUGCCUAAGUAGCACGCGUGCCGGGCACACAUAUACACGACACAUAUCUUCGUCGGCGGUAAUGACGAAAUCGCGAGUGGUCCAGCCUACAAAAAGGUUUUUCGCAUAUUGCACUGAUUAAAACCACCUAUACAGCACGAUAACAGAAAACGCGAUCAAGAUGGAACAUAUUAGCUGUAAUCGCUGUAUUAUUCAUGAGGUCUACCGGCCGGGUAUACACUGUGAUACCAAGUGACAGUGAGCGACAACAGUGCGACACUAUGUCCCAGUCAUGGUGAAAAGGCUGUUACUGGGACUGUUAGCUGCUACGAUUUGUGGUUUUAUAUACGGCGCACCUCUGACCGCUCUCACCGAAUCCACUCAGCAUCACCACCAUCAACAUCACCAUAGCCAUCACCACCAGUACCACCACAGUCCAAACUCCACAACAAACCACGAACACGAUACGGAUCAGGAACUGUUGGAGGAUCCGGCAGCUAGAAGUGAGAGAAGUACCAAUCUCUCGCACGUCACAGGUACUGCCAGAAAGAUCCAGAUGUUUAUCAAGAACCGACACCUACAGAUACUGCCAGACGGUACUGUCAACGGAACCACCGACGAUACCAGCGCAUACAGUGAGUGUUUUUUUUCUUAGUUUGCAUGCUUAUAUUCUCGUACUAUUUUUAUUGGUAAUAAUUUUGCCAAUACCGGAAACUAUGAAGUUGAUGCUAUUUUGUUUUCAAACAUUGACGAGACUGGUUUUCUACAGUACUCGCCUGU